AUUUUCACAUCUUGUUCACUUUUCAUUGCGAAAAAAUGGUGGACGUGGCUAGUGAUUGAUGCGUAUUUUUCAAAUUUAUUGAGCUAAUCAAAAGUGUCCUACCAGUGAUAGCAACCACAAAGCGAGCAGGAGUGAUUUAAUCAUAGAAGAGUGUUUUGUUUUGAGAAAUUGUGCAAUAAUUUUCUUAUUUGCGGAAAAAAAAUCAUUCUAGUGAAAGUGAACAAGUUGUAGAAUAUCAGCUUGCAAAGAUUGAAAAAGUGAUUAAUAAUGUCUGAAUACGUUCUCGUUGGGAAAGGCGUAUUGCCUGUGGCUAACUCGGUAGCCGCUGGAUCAGCAGCUACCCAAUCCGAUCCGGAAAUGAAGGGUUGGCUGCUCAAGUGGACUAAUUACCUCAAAGGCUACCAAAAACGAUGGUUUGUGCUUUCCAAAGGAGUUCUCUCUUAUUAUAGGGCUGAACACGGAACAGGAGCGAACACAGGGGGCCGAAGUGCCGGGGGCAAAUUAUCUAUCCGACGACGCAGGAAAGGCCCCCGAGCAGAGAGCAAAGGAUCCAUGAUGCAAUGUAUUCGAGCACCUCGCUCGCCCACUAGGCAGGUUGCCCUACCUGAGCCGAAAAAUGAUAAAAAGAGGCACAAAAAAUAUCAAGCCGAGAUGGCACACACCUGUCGCGGCACAAUAUCCCUCCAUGGAGCCCUUAUCCAUACCGUGGAUUCGUGUACAUUUGUGAUAUCGAACGGUGGGACACAGACGUUCCACAUUAAGGCAGCCAACGAAGUCGAACGGCAGUCCUGGGUGACAGCGUUGGAGUUGGCCAAAGCCAAAGCAAUACGGGCAAUGGAGAGCGAUGAGGAGGAAGAGGACACUGCAGCCAAUACGAUACCUAGUGAGGAACUUAACCUAGUUGUAAGAGAGUUAUCUGUGCGAUUAGAAAAUCUAAAGACGUGCUACGACCUAAUUACGAAGCAUGGUGCAGCCUUACAGCGGGCCCUAUCAGAGCUCGAAUCCGGCGAAGAUUUAGCAAGUAAGACGAAAAUAGUCAGUGAACGCGCAACGCUGUUCCGGAUAUCCUCCAAUGCCAUGAUAAACACAUGUUCCGAUUAUUUACAAACGGCGCAAACACAGGGACAUAAAUGGUCUAGAAUGUUACAGCAUGAACGUGACCAGAAGCUUCAACUGGAAGAGAUGGUCGAACAAUUAGCCAGACAGCAUUCCCAUCUCGAACAGGCGGCCCAUCGUCACAGACCGAACGCAGCCACUUCCGCUUCUGACGAUGAGGAUAAUGAGUUUUAUGAUGCACAAGAAGAAGGUGGUUCUGUCGCUUCCCAAGAGGAUAGCUCGUUCAUAUUAAAGAUUCCGGUCGCUCAUCACCGUCGUAAUUCCAACGACGCAACGGGAAGCUCCUCGGAAGGCGAAGAAGGCAACAGUGAGACACAGCAAGUAUUAGUAGUGACCGAUAAUCUAGACAAUAUGGACGUGACGGAUAGAAUUUCUGUAAAUAGUAACCAAGCUCUAACACCAACCCUUUCCAAUAAUAAUCAAUCGACAAAGAUUCGUAAAAGGCGUACUCGUGUAACGGAUAAACCCAACUACCCACUAAAUCUUUGGUCAAUCAUAAAGAAUUGUAUCGGAAAAGACCUCUCCAAAAUUCCCAUGCCGGUGAAUUUCAACGAGCCAUUAUCGAUGCUUCAAAGAUUAACAGAAGAUUUUGAAUAUUCAGAGGUUUUAGAUAAAGCUGCCCAUUGUAAGGACACUUGUGAACAAUUAGCGUACGUUACUGCGUUCACGAUAUCAGCUUAUUCGACUACCAGCAAUCGUACCGGAAAACCAUUUAAUCCGCUACUCGGCGAAACAUACGAAUGCGACCGAACUGACGAUCUUGGUUGGAGAUGUAUCAACGAACAGGUGUCUCAUCAUCCACCAAUGGCGGCUCAGUAUUGUGAGGGACGAGGAUGGAGGUGUUGGCAGGAGUUUACAAUGACCUCGAAAUUCCGAGGCAAAUACAUACAAAUUGUUCCGCUGGGGUACACUCAUGUUGAAUUCCCGGCCACCGGUAACAAAUUCACUUGGCGAAAGGUGACGACGACCGUGCACAACAUAAUCGUAGGUAAACUGUGGGUGGAUAAUCACGGCGAUAUGGAAAUCAUUGGCGAAAAGAACGCCAAAGGUGUUAAGUGUCACCUAAAAUAUUUACCGUAUUCAUACUUUACGAGAGAUACACAACGUAGGGUUAAGGGCGUAGUGAUGGACGAUUCCAGCCAGGUAAAAUGGGUUAUCAACGGAACCUGGGACAGUAAAAUAGAAAUCGCACCCGUGACUUCCACUAGCGGAUCGGCAGAAAAUCCUGUCUAUAAAACAGGCAACUAUAAAACGGCUUGGAGCCGACGAAUGCCGCCAAAGGAUUGUGACAAAUACUACAACUUUACCAUACUUGCCUGCCAAUUGAACGAACCGGAGCCUGAUGUGGCACCGUCAGACUCGCGAUUGCGACCCGACCAACGACUAAUGGAGGACGCCAAGUGGAACGAAAGUAAUGCGGAAAAAUUAAGACUGGAAGAGAAACAACGAGCUCGAAGGCGCGAGCGGGAAGCAGAAGCCGAAAAGGCUGCAGCGGAGGGUCGUCCCUAUCCGCCAUACGAACCAAUUUGGUUUAGUAAACAAAAAGAAGAAGGCACCGAUAAUCUGGUGCACGUGUACAAAGGAACCUACUGGGACAGUAAAGCGAAGCAGGAUUGGUCCAAAUGUCCAGAUAUAUUCUAGGCCAGCAACUGGUGAACCCAUGUUUUCAACUAGAUAUUGUUUGCUUUGUCGAUAUACGGUUAGCAUGCAAGUGCACGAGCGAACGGUUAGAGGAGUAAGUGAGCGAUAAAUUCAAUUUUUUUUUUCUUCGAGUAAAUGCUGUUAAUACCAUUAAAGUUAAAGUAAUAACGCUAACAAGUUGCUUUCUCUUAGAUUUAAAAAGCGAAUUAACAUCUAGUUCACUGCUACCUUUGAGCAACAAAAAACAAUUGUUGAAUUGAAUAUAAAUAUUUAUUUAGUUUUUAUUUUGUUAAUUGCUACCAAAAAGGCUCGGUUAAACAACUUUAAUAACAAUCAAAAAUCGAGCUAAAAAGCCUGAUAUAAGAUGCGACAAGAAGGAAAAGGAAACUGAAAUACGAUCUCCCUCUAUUAUGAUUGUAUCUAUAUGACACUCUCUUUGAGAAUAAAAUUUUUGAAUUUUGGGAUAACUUUAAAGCACUACUAUCAAUGCUAGGGAAAUAAUUAAUAGUUAUUGUAUAAAAACAACAAUUAAUUCAGGCGUAGAUUGGAAACUGCGACAGAAUAUUGAGUAUUAUGUUGAGGUUUUAAAGUAAUUAGAAGCCAGAUUGGUAAAUGGGAGAAUUACUUGUUCUUUUGUUUUGGUUUUUAACCGUACGUGGUUCGAAAAAUCUGCUAGACUAGAUUUUUUUUUUUUGAAUGCUGCAAAAGCCAGAUCAUUACUCAUUUUCUGUGUUAUCCGUGUUGUUCUUACAUAAAUAAGCUACUAAAAUGGUAUACAUACAUUACAUGUCCAAUUCCAAACUAAUCAAUUUGCUCGGAGAAAGCAAUCCAACAUUUAUAAAUCAUAUGUUCAAUUCCAACAUAGCUUCAGAGAUCCUAAAACAAAAACAAUCUAGAGAAAAUUUCAAACAACAGUUAUUGUCAACAACCGGCAGAAUGCUUAAUACAUUACGUAACUAUGACUAAACACGAAAAUUUAUGAAAAAUGCAGUCUAACCUAUUAGAAUCAGCAGCCGUUUUUUACCAAUGAGCAUUGAUGGCCGAUGUCGGAGAAUGAAAUGUAAUAAGGCGAAGAUUACUAGUUGUUACGCUUAUGAAGCUAUAAAUAAAGAAUUAAGUGAAAUGAGAACACUGUAAAA